AUGGAGAAAAUUAUAUUGAUGAGAUCGUUGUGCCGCUCGAUUUGCAGAAGAUCUCAAGCUUUCUCCCCCUCCUCCUCCGCCGCCGCAGCUACCUCCGUUGUCAAUCACCAUAUCCGCCACCUCCAUUUCUCUUCCCCCGCGCUCCCCACCUCUUCUCAUGACCGUCUACCAUGUGGUUACUCGAAUCCUUUAGCAACGUGCAUUGGCAGUAAACGUUUGUUCAGCGAAGAUGUUGCACAUAUGCCUGUCAUAAAAGACCCUGAAAUUGAGUGGGCAUUCAAGGACUUACUGGCCACAAACUGGGAUGAGCUCCCACCUGCUGUUGUCCAUGAUGUAAAAAAGGCAUUGUCCAAGAAUACUGAUGACAAGAUUGCCCAAGAAGCCCUGGCCAAUGUUUUCCGAGCAGCAGAGGCUGUUGAAGAGUUUACAGGUAUUCUCAUGUCGCUGAAGAUGGAAAUGGAUGAUGCCAUUGGGAUGAGUGGGGAGGAUGUGAAACCCAUGCCAGAAGAAUAUGUUAAGGCAAUGCGUACAAUCUUUGAUAAAUAUGCGGCAUAUUUGGAUGCAUUUGGGCCGGAGGAGAUCUAUCUGAGGAAGAAAGUGGAGAAUGAGUUGGGAACAAAGAUGAUAUACUUGAAAAUGAGAUGCAGUGGCCUCGAUUUUGAGUGGGGAAAGGUUACGGUCCUUGGGACUUCUGGAAUCUCUGGUUCUUACGUUGAACAGAGAGCAUAG